AUGUUCGGCACAUUGACUGGACUGAUCAAGCAGCGCAGCGCCAUCACAAAUUGGGAAGCAUUUAGCCGGGCAAACAACAUCAGCGGCUGGAAGCUUGCGGUGCCGCCCUGCCAGUGGACCGGCGUAGGGUGCAACGCAGACGGCGCCAUCACGAGCCUCGACCUGGGUUGUGUGGACGAGGUGGAGGGCUUGUGCGCUGUGCUGGCUGAGGGCUCGCUGGCGCCUGAGCUGGUCAAUGUUGGAACGCUGGAGAGUAUUUUCCUGCAGGGCCAGACACUGACCGGCCCGCUGCCAGAGGCAUGGGGAGCUGCUGGCGCAUUUGCUAGGCUGGCAUACCUUUCCCUUGCAAACAAUGACCUGACAGGCUCGAUCCCGGCCUCAUGGGGUGGCAAGGAUGCUUUGGCAGCUCUGGAGCUUAUUCAGCUGAGCGGCAACAAGCUGUGUGGCGAUGUGCCCGCGCCGCUGCAGCCAAAGCUGGAGUGUGCGGAUGGCGACGACAGCUGCUCCGAUGGCCAGCUGCCUGCCUGCUCCACCACAGUGACGGCGCUGGCGGCAGAUGGGGAAGAGGAGGGGAGCAGCAAGCUGGAGGAGCAGCCGGAGGCGGCCGCCGACUGCCCCCCUGGCGACAUCCAGGACGUUCCCAGCUGGGCCAAGAAGUACAAUGCCAGGAUUGCGGCCAAGGAGGCGGCGCAGGAGCAGGCAGCCAACAACAAGGCACUGGUGGCGGAGGCCAACGAGAGCGGGGAGCGGUAUGAUUUCGUGAUGUACGGCGACUCCAUCACGUGGCGGGUAUCCGAGAACAUGGGCGUGUGGGACCGGUAUCUGGGGUCGCUGGGUGGCCCCUCCGCCCCGCUGGGCAUCAUCUUCAACCAGGUCUCAGACCUGGCCUAUCGCAUCAUGAAUGGAGACGAGCGCUUUGACCUGGCCCCCAAGGCCGUGGCGCUGCUGAUCGGCGUGAACAACCUGGAGCGCGGGCCGCAGCCGGCGGAGCAGCUAGAGGAGCUGGUGAAGUGGCUGCAGGCCGCCUGGCCGAGCACCCGGCUCAUCCUGCUCAAUCUGCUGCCCACGGUGUUUGAGGUGGAGGCUCCGUACCUGGACAUCACGGGCACCAACAAAAAGUACCAGCAGAUCGCUGAGGAGACCGGCAUCGAGUGGUCCACCUGCGGCUCCGACAUCGACCCCGCAGACGAGGCGCAGCUGUACGACGGCAUCCACCCCGGACCCAAGGGCGUGGACAUCCUGCUCAGCUGCCUGGGCCCGCAGGUGGAGGCCGCGGUGGCGGCCUUCGAGUGCUGA